UAAUGCCCCAAAUGUUUUUCCCUCUCUUCUUUCACGCUUAAUUCCAUGAGCGACACUUGCUCAAGUUACAAACACCACUUCAGAGGGGAUAGAAAAAGCAGCUCUAGAUAGAGAAUAUUUAGAGGGGGAGAGAGAGAGAGUGAGUUUCAGACAUGGGAGCUCUUGCUCCAGCGUCUUCUUGGAAUCCCGAAGAUGACCUUUUGCUGAAGAACGCUGUUGAGGCUGGUGCUUCUCUGGAAUCACUUGCUAAAGGUGCUGUGCAAUUUUCACGAAGAUUUACUGUUCGAGAACUGCAAGAUCGGUGGCAUUCUCUCCUUUUUGAUCCAGUUAUUUCUGCAGAAGCUUCUGCUCGCAUGAUUGAGAUUGAGCGUUCAGCUACAACUCUUCCAUCAAAAUUCAAUAGAUUUGGCAACUCAAAAGAAACCAAAUCCAUUUGUGGUAAGAGAAAGGUUGGAAGUGUCCGUAGUUGUUAUUAUGCUCUGCGCAAAAGGAUAUGCAAUGAGCCAUUUAACUCCAUGGAUCUGAGUUUUCUUGUGGCACCUGGCAAUGGAAAUUACAUCGGAAAUGGCGAUGAGCCUUUAUCUGGAGAUUGCAUGUCUGGAGAUCCUAUUUCAGAUAAUUUUGGACUCCAAGGACCAAAUUUGGAUGUUAUGCAUCCUGUUUUUCAGCAAAACCUGAUGGAUGGUGGCACUGCCAUUGGUAGUACUGCUGCUGCUGCCCAUGCCUUUCAUCCAGGACUUCGGCAGCCAGGUGAAGAAGAUUUUCAUAUUGGGCAAGACACUAUACAUGAAGAAACUCCUCAUACUUUUGACAAAAUUAUAAAUUUUAUUGGUAAAAGCUCUGGGGCUGAGGAAUUGGGUCAACCAGAACAGUUUCCGGGUCACAUUCUUUUCAAAUCUGAUGAUUUAGGCAUGGAGCCCUCAUCUACAAUUGAUCGAACUGAUAAUGAUCGAGGAAAUAUCUGCUCUGACUUUGAAGGCAAUCAGGGGUUCAAUUCACCUAUGUUGGAGUGUGAUGCAUCGUUUCACAGCUUGGGGUUUUCAUCACCACUUCAUGGAUUGCCUCUAUGGAGAACAGUUGAGAGCAUUGCAGAACCAUCUAUGGGAGUUGAUCCUGGUCUUGGAGAAAAAAAUCUCCACUCUGGAGAUGGGUUCGAACUUCCUGAUGAUGACGAGGCUAGGAAUGCAACAACAUCAGUGUAUGAUGGUCAUUUAGACUGCAAGUUAAAAGCUGAAAUGCCCUGUGAUAAUUUAAAGGGUCUGACUAGUGCAGAAGGUUAUCUGGAAGAACUGUCCAAUUCUCUUUUGGAUUUUACAAAUGAGGAAGAACUGCUUUUCAUGGAUGUUGAUGGAAAAGAUGUUAUUGAUAAAUCUUACUUUGAUGGCCUAAGCUCACUAUUGUUGAAUUCUCCUAGUGAUGCAGGUCAAGAUCACACACCCAGUGCAACUGAACCACAGGCAUCAGUAGUUCAAGAGACAUAUUUUAAGAAUCCAUCUAUUGCAUGUCCAGGAGAGUUAGAGGAUAACAUGGGGUCUCAGUGUGAUGUUGGCCAUGUAGUUCAAGAUUCAGGUGCCCAAAUGCUGUCAUCUUCAUUACCUUUAAACUCUGAGUUUUCUGAUCCGAGUGAGGGAGUUAUUUGCUGUAUAUUAAACACUGAGGAUCCAGAAAUACCAUGCAAUGAUGAUUUCAACCCACCAAAUCGGUUUUCCCCAUCAUCAGGUACCUUUGUAGCUCAGCAAAGUUCUCAAGAAGCUAAUAAUCCCAUAUCUUCAACUGUUAAUGAUAUGUCGAGUGGUCAAAGAACUCGUGAAAAAGGUCUGGUUUCUACGCAGAGAGGAGGAAAAAAAAGGGGUGAGUUUCAUUCAUGUUCUAUGAUGAUAUGCUCACACGUGUCAACUGAAAUGGGUCUAAAGAAUCCAAUUGGAGAUGGGGUUAAGUUUGAGUUGUCCUAUAGUGACUAUGCACAUGUGGCGUCUAAGGGUGGUGGUUCAAAACAAAUAAAUUCAUCAAGUCUGAGCACUGAUGCUCUUCGACCCACAAUUCCAAAGGAAGAGAAUGCUGAAGUUCCACCCACAAAGCAUCUGAGUGAUAACCAAAUGGAUUCCUUCAUAAAGGGGCCGUCUCUUUGUUCUGAUAGCUUUAGAGGCUGUACCCGAGCAAAUGCUAAUCGCGUCAAACAGGAACUAGAUGCACCUGCUGCAAUUCAAGAUUAUCAAUCAACACAAACAGAGUCUGGGCCUCUCGAUAUUGCUGAACCUGUAGAAAUGCCCCCAAUAUCAGAUCAGGAGGGGCUACCUAUCGAGAGUGAUGAUGAAGUACCUCAUUAUUCAGAUAUUGAGGCAAUGAUACUUGAUAUGGACUUGGAUCCCGAGGACCAGGAUCUUUACUCUAGUGAGGAAGUUGCAAGAUAUCAGCAUGAGAAAACAAAGAGGGCAAUUGUAAGGCUGGAGCAGGGUGCUCAUUCUUGUAUGCAAAGAGCUAUUGCAUCUCAUGGAGCAUUUGCCAUUUUGUAUGGGCGAUUUUCAAAGCACUAUAUUAAAAAAUCAGAGGUGUUACUUGGUAGAGCAUCGGAAGAUGUUACUGUCGACAUCGAUUUGGGAAUGGAAGGGCGCAUCAAUAAAAUAUCUCGUCGACAGGCUAUUAUAAAGAUGGACAAAGCUGGAUCAUUCCAUCUGAAAAAUCUUGGCAAGUGCUCAAUGUCAGUGAAUAACAAGGAAGUAGGCCCUGGUCAGAGUCUACCCCUCAUCACCAGUUGUUUGAUUGAGAUACGGGGAAUGCCUUUUGUAUUUGACAUGAACCAAGAUCAGGUGCAGCAGUAUCUAAAUAACAUCACCAAGUAUAACCAUACCCAAGAGCAUCAACCGUGUGGAUCAUAGCUCAGGCGUGUUGACUAAUAUGCUUAUUACAAGGUGCCCAUUUUUCCCGCAAUUUAUGGGUUUCUUGAGGAAGCUGUAUUCAGUCUGUUGUAUUUAACAGCAAACUGAUUAUUAGAAGGUGCUCAUUUUUUCCGCACUUUCUGAGUUUAUUGGAGAAGCUGUAUUGAGUCUCUUGUAUUUAACAGCAGUUUUUGGGUUUCCGCUCUGUUGUCCAGAUCUUUCUCUUUCUUUUUCUUUUUGUAAGUUGGAAGCCAAUUUUUACUACAGGAUUGAAUUUAUAUGAUAACAAUUUUUCUUUUUU